CAAAUAUUAAAAUAAAAACAUCACUCAAUUGUUUUCUCAAAUAGAAGCAACAGUAUUUGUUUACAAGCUUAUUAUAAAAGGAGGAGAAAUCCAAAAACAAAUCCUUGCAAUUCACCUUCCAAAAAUAACAACCUCCUCUUACAUACUUCAUUAUUCCCUCACCAACAAAGAGAGAAAGAGAGAGAUAAUAUGGAAAAGAAUAAUGUGUAUGAUGCUUCAACAUGGGAUGAUGGUGUUGAAAACAAUAAUGGGCAUUCAUCAAAACACAAGAGGCUCAAGUUAUUUGGGUUUGAACUAAUAAACCCAAAGGAUCAUUCAGAAGUAGUAAUGGAAGAUGAAAGUGUGAAUUCUUCAAAUUCAGCUUCAUUAUUGUUAGAGGGAGAUCAUGAUGAGAAAAAUAAUAAUAAUAAAAAAUUAGAGUGUCAAUAUUGUUACAAGGAAUUCGCAAAUUCGCAAGCAUUAGGAGGACACCAAAAUGCACACAAAAAAGAGAGAAUGAAGAAGAAGAAGUUGCAGCUUCAAAAAACUAACGCGACCACAAUCAACCACUACCUUCUACAGCAAGCAAGCUCCAAUAUCAAUAAUAUUAUUGAUAAUUGGUUAUAUAAUCCUUCUUCCUUUAUUAGUAAUAAUUCUGAAUCUCAGAUUAGCUUUAAUAAUAAUGAUCAAGAUGAUGAUAGUCUUAUUCAUGUUUCAAAGUGGCAUGUUCCUAAUUCUCAUGAUCAACAAGAAAAUUAUUGUAUGUUCAAUUUCUCCCAUGCUAGUUCGAAUCAUCAUCAGGGACAUGUCAAAGGUUUGGAUCUUCAGCUAGGCCUCAGCUUGGAGUCAAAUACAAGAACUUUUGUAUGGAGAACAUAGAUUUACUUUUGUCUUGUUAAGAAUAUUAUGUAGAUAAACUAAUUUGUUGUUUUUUUUUUUUUAAUCUAGGAAUAUCCACUUAUUCAUUGUAGUUGGUAUGAUCCAUUCAAAAACCAGUAUUGAAUAUUUUGAUCGGUAACCAAAUAUGUAUGUAUAAUAAAAAACGUUUGAGAAAUAAUAGAAAAUUAGUCAAAAGCUAAGGAAUUUCAGUUAUUCAUUUUAGUUAGUAUGAUCCAUUCAGAAACCAAUUGUUGAAUAUUAUGAUCUAUUGAUCUGUGACCAUAUAUGUAUAACGCAUACAAU